AUGACAUUCGAUCUGCCCAACACCUUGCGACAGGACAGCUACCUGCCCCUGCCCUCCGAGUACGCUGCUGCGCUCGAAAAGGCCAAAGCGCAGUACGCUGAGCAGAACGACCCUUCCAAGGACUCCGAAUGGGAAGACGUUGGCGAGCGCGAGGACGUCAAGCUCUUCAAGAAGACCAACCCCGAAAACGCCUACGACGUUCCCAUCGUCAAAGGUGUCACCGUCGUCGAGAAUGCUACUCCCUCCCAGAUCCUUGCUGUGAUCCAGCAGCCCGGUAUGCGCAAGAAGUGGGACCCGCGAUUCGACAACGCCACGCAGCUCGAGCGAUACGGUCCUCAGCAGUACGCCUUCUACACCUGGAUGAAGUCCCCAUCCUACUUUGUCUGGGCGCGAGACAUUGUCGGUGUUCAGGAAAACAUCAUCAGCGACGGCGGUGAUCACAUCCAGGUGAUCCAGACCAGCGUCGAUGCCGACCAGUACAUCGACGAGGCCGGUUCGUACUCCAAAUCGCGCACCCGAGCGACGCUCGAAGUCUCCGCCUGGGACCUCACCAAGCAGGGCAACGACACCAAGCUCGAAUACGUCGUCAAGAUCCACCUCAACGGCUCGCUCCCCACCUCGGUCGUCUCGAUGGUCGCCACCGAAACGCCCAUGUGCGUCGGCCGCGUUCGCGACGUCUACUACACCUACGGUCACCUGCCCUACGAUGCUGCUUGGGAGGAAGGCAGCAAGUCGGCCGGCAACUCUGUGCUCGUCUACUCCGAGUUCGAAGAUGGCGAUGGUACCGAGGCUACCUCGGGCGAGAAGAAGUGGACCAUCUGGUACCACGCAAACGGAGAGGACACGCUCAAGUUCAAGUUCGACAACAACAAGCUCUACACCAGCCUUCAUGUUGCUGUCGAGGGCGAUGCAGCGUCGGAUGUCACGGCUGAUGUCGAUCAGGCAGCCGGUGUCGUCACGGCAAGGGUAGCAGAGGGCGCAAAGGGGAAAGGCUUCUCGCUCGUCUUUACUCCCUAG